AAAACCGAGCGGCCGGGCCAAAGACACUAGAAUAAUUUCUAGUGUCUUUGGCCGGGCGCCUCUUCUUGUUCGUCGGUGGGCGUAUUCAGUUUAUAAUAAUUGGUGUGCCGCAGAUAAGGCGGAUUCGUAAAACAAACGACGGCAAACGGAAGCAAACAUGUUGACACUCGGCUCGUAACGCCAGCGGCUCCAUUCAGUCGUGUUUUGGAUGUCCAACUAGCCGGAGCCCUCGAUUUCCGCGGACUGUGCGUGGUGCGGCACUCGAUUCGUGCUAAAAAUGCGACAAGUUCCCUGGCACUUCGAAUAGCCAACGAACAAAAGUGUUGAUUCUUCGAAAGGAAAACGUAUUAGACCAACUCAGCGGAUUCCAAUUGGAGCAGAAACGUGAUCCCGCGUGCAAAAACAUACAUGCAAAAUAAAUAACAACACCUGCUGGCCCACCACUUUGCAUGUGUUAGUGUGCAGGCACAUGCUCUUUCUGCUUGCCAUCGCAUUUUUUGUGAAUGAACUGGAAAACGCGCUAGUUUAGCAACGAUAGUAUUGAUCUUUGUGUCGCGGGUCAACGUAAUUACGCCGAAAUGAAGGCCACCAUCGAUAAGGAGCUGCUGCCCAUGAAGGCGCACUACUUUCUCUUCAAUGCCGGCACCGCUCCCGUCGUCCCCUUCAUGCCCACCCUGGCCGGCCAAUUGGGCUACUCCCCCGCCGUUGUGGGCACCAUGUACACCAUCCUCCCCAUCAUCGGAAUGCUGGCGAAGCCCCUCUUUGGAUACAUUGCGGACCGGUUCCAUCGCCAUCGACCCCUUUUUCUGGGUGGCCAGGUCCUCACGGGCAUCGCCUUUUUCCUCAUCAUGUUCGUGCCGGGAAUGGAGAAACCGCUGCCCAAGGUCGAGUUCCACUGCCACCAGGGUGUCUCGGACGUAAGAUUCUGCUCGGAGUACGGUGAAUGCGUGGAGAGGAACCUUGAGCGGUACUACGGGAAUAGGACGCUGCAGUGUCAACUGAACUGCGAGGCACAGCCCUUCAUGUGGGAUAUUGUGUGUGAUGAUUGGCUAAAGAACAGCACGGAAAACUGUGCCGCCAAUAGAACCAAUAGCCAACUGGAAUUCGGAGCCAGCAUAACUAUGCAAAAGAUUGAGAAUGAUGGCAACUGCAUGUUCUUCAUGAUUCCGCACGAUCAAGGCCAGAUUGCAGGCCAGAAUGUCACGUUGUACUGUCCAAAGGAAAAGGAAUACUUCAAAUCCAACUGCACCAUGGACUGUCGUGAGGACUACCUCAAGGAGCAGCUGGCGGAGAGUGCUGUGAUUAACACGAGUAGUGCCGUGACCAUGCCGCAGUUUUGGCUGUUCUUCGGCCUGCUCAUCUUCAGCUGGAUCGGCAUGGCGGUGGUGGUCAGCAUUGGUGACGCCAUAUGCUUCGGCAUCCUCGGCGAUCGCCAUCACCUGUAUGGCAAGCAGCGUCUGUGCGGCUCCCUUGGAUGGGGAGUUUUUGCCCUCUUGGCCGGCCUCCUUGUGGAUCACAUGUCGUUGGGUGAGGUGAACAAGAACUACACGGCGGUGUUUUGGAUGGCUUUGCUUAUCAUGGGAUUUGAUGUGUUCGCAUCAUCCAAGCUAAGGCACACGCCAACACAUUUGUCCUCCAACAUAUUGAAAGAUGUGGGUCAAAUGUUCCUCUCGGUGCGCUGCGUUAUCUUUUUCUUGUGGUGCGUUGCCAUUGGACUUGGAACGGCGCUGAUAUGGAACUUCCUUUUCAUAUACCUGGAGGAGCUGGACAAGGCGUUCGAGGGAUGCGACAGUUCGAUUAAGACCUUGGAGGGAUUGGUCAUGGGGAUUCAGUGCUUUGGCGGUGAGCUGCCGUUCUUCUUCCUAUCCGGUUGGAUCCUGAAGAAGAUUGGUCAUGUUAACGCCAUGAGUCUGGUGCUUUUUGGAUUCGGAGUGAGAUUUAUUCUCUACUCGAUGCUGCAGAAUCCCUGGUACAUCCUGCCCAUCGAACUAAUGAACGGGGUGACCUUCGGUCUAUUUUAUGCCACAAUGGCUUCCUAUGCGAGCAUUGUUGCACCGCCAGGCACCGAUGCUACCAUGCAGAGUCUGGUGGGAGCGAUAUUCGAAGGCGUUGGUGUGUCAAUGGGAAGCCUGAUCGGUGGACAGCUAUUUGAGUCGGUCACUGCACGCACCACCUUUGAGAUCUUUGGAAUUGGUGCCUUCAUUAUCUUUGUGAUCCACGUUUGCAUUCAGCUGUAUCUUCAGCGCAACAGCAACAUUGACGAAAAUGGUAAGGGUUCGGUCGCUUCUGCCUCCGCCACUGCCUCACCCUCUGCACCCCUGGAAACAGACAUUCCUAAAAAUAAUGACCAUAAAGACGGUGACGGGUUCCGCGAAGUCGACUUGAGUUGAUGGUGACCGUGAUCCUCUUCCUGAAUUUUGAAUUUUGUAGUCUUAUGUAAAUUGACGGAUUUAAACUUAUCUAACCAGAAGCUAGCCUCCUUAAGUAUUAACCAUUCAGAUGCAGUGGAGCCGGAUACGAGCUCCACAUGGUCAUUGUACUUAAACCACCAUAUAUUUUGUAAGAUCUGCCAUAGAUUUGAUAAUAGAAUAUUUGACGAAAACAGACCUAAUAAUUCUCAAAAUGAAUUUAUAAUAUUGUCGUCCUAAGAAAUAAGCUUUGUAAUACUGAAACGAAAUGAUGAUAGCCAUAUCAUACUUUUUCAAUUUAAAUGUAUGCGAACUGAAGAAAACUUUAACAAAUAAAAUGGGUAUUCAAUUUCUUUGAAAAAAAAAAAAAACUAUUUCAACUGCCUAUAUGAAACCUAAAUAAUUUAUAAGGAUUAAAUACUCUUACAGUGGAAAAACAAUGAACUAACAUGUAGACUAACACUUUUGGCCAGCCAUAAUUAAAUAUAUCUUUCUUUUUUUUUGGCAUUUAAUCGCUUUAGUUCCCGUGUGUAAUUUAAGUGGGAUGUUUCUUAAAUUCAAUCCCCCUUUAGCUUUUACUUGUAAACUUAUUAUUUAAUAACAUAAUAUA